AGAUGGAGAGGAGGUGAGGAAGAGAAGGAGAAGAGGAAGCAACGCCGCCGCCGCCGCCAUUGAUGAUGAUGCUUCUACUGACUAAGACUUGCUGCUGCGGUCAAAAUAAUAAGGAGACGACGGAGGGAUCUGAGGAGCAGCAGAUCUAGAAGAGAGACUGGGAGGCGAGCAUCUAUAGAGAGUUUAAUUUAGUUUUUAAUUUUGUGAUGGGAGGAAGACUGGUUUGCUUCUAAACAGUAGUUUAAUUUCAUUUUAAUUUUGGGUGGCCAAUGUUGUGGGUAGUCUUUGGUAAACUUAAUGAUGAGAUAGAUGUUGUAAUAGAUUGUUGACAAUAUUUAAAGUUGUAAUAGAUUGUUUAGGUUCCCUCGACAAGUCAGUCCUAGAACUGAUGAGAGGAAGAACCGAUGUCUCAUUUGGUUGAUAUAUUCUGCUUCUAGUUCUUGUUUCCUUGGUGAAACAGGAACUCUUGUUGAUCUAUCUCUCUUGUGGUGCUGUCGAAGUGUUGCCGAAAUUUUUCACUGCACACAAGAAUACAAGUUGGAUCGAUGAUGGAGACUGGCAAAAAUCCGAUGGAAGGGAUCAUCAAGAAGUUGAAUCCUGAGGAGAUCUCAACACUGAUGCAACUGAUGAGGUUGUCGGCGGGAGAGAGCUCGACAAAACCACAACCCAAGAAGGUGGAGCUUCCACCUAUCGAUGUAAAACUUGAUGGACCCGCGACAUAUCUGAGUUGGUCGCGUCGGGUGAAAUAUACCCUUGCUGGGAGGAGCCUAGAGGGAUAUCUGACAGGGGAGAAGACUGAGCCGGCUGAGGACUCAGCAGGGAGGGAUGAGUGGAAGUCCACUCAUAUGUUGGUGUACAUCUGGCUUCUGAAUUCUGUAGUCCAGCCAAUUGCUACCACAGUGGAUGGCCUUGGGAGAGUGCAUGAUGUCUGGGAGAGGCUGAGGAGGACCUACGAUAGGGUGGGAAAGAACCUGAGGGUAUUCCAGAUCGAGAAGGAGAUCAACGCUACAGUCCAGGGAGAGAGGACUGUACAGGAGUAUGCCAUAGAGCUGGAGCGCUUGUGGCUCGAUCACGAUCACUUCUCGCCUCUGACAAGCUGCAAGGACCCGGAGUGUAAGGAACACGAGGCCUCUCUGCAGAAGAGGACUAUGUUGUUUCUUCGAGGCUUGGUUCCAGCGUAUAAGCAGAGAACGACGUUGCUACUAACCCAGACGAAGAUCCCAUCACUGGAGGAGGCAGUCCCGGCCAUGAUACAGGAGGAGAGCCGUAUCAGGCUACAGGCUGGGACAGGUGGACUUACAGGGGAGAAGUCUGCACUGGUGGUAUCCAAUCCGGAUAACACUAGAUUCAGAGGGGAGACUAGGCAGUACUUUAACUACGGAGAGGUAGGACAUCUGAGACAGAUGUGUCCUAAGCCACCCAGGGAGAGGAACUGGGGUGAACGUGGUCAGGCUGGAGGCCGUGGCCGUGGGCGUGGAGGCAGGCGAGGUGGAAGAGGAGGUCACCGGGCAAACUUGACAGUGGCAGAAAGAGAAGAAGCUGAGAUGAUCUUCACUGAUGAGGAUCGGACUCUCUUGGCAGCACUGAGGAGGAAGCAGAGAGCAGUAGGUGAUGUGUCUGAGGAGUCAUCUACUACUUUCACUGGAGUGGACUAUGCCAAUUACGCCCUUAGUGCACACCCAAACGAGGGAAGAUCCACCGCCUGGAUAAUAGAUUCUGGAGCAUCCAGACAUGUGACAGGUAAUUCCAGUGAGUUCUUAUCUUACACUCACUUAGCAGAAGCAGAGAGCAUCCAAAUUACUGAUGGUACAGCACAGGAUGUGGCUGGUAAGGGCAUUGUUAGUUGUACAUGUUCUAUAACUUUAUCUAAUGUUCUGCAUGCUCCUUCAUUUCCUGUUAGCCUGUUAUCCAUUAGUGCCAUUAUCAUCCAACUCAAUUGUAUUGUUUCUUUUGACAUUCCCAAGGUAAUUUUUCAGGAGAAAGGGACAAGGCGAAGACUUGGGACUGGGACAUGGCGUAGCGAGCUGUGGUACUUGGACCGCGAAGGGAUGGACUCAGCGUUGACUUCUGUGGUGGAGAGGACAUGAAUAAGAGUAGCUAAAGUCUGUGCAGAAGAUGAGUUGAUGCUUUACCAUCAGCGAAUGGGACAUCCGUCAUUCGGUAUUUUGGGUAAAAUGUAUCCAACUCUGUUUGGAAAAGUAAAUAAACAG